AUGGGCUUCUUCAAGCGCUUCCGCCGCCAAAAAGCCUCCAAGAAGAGCGAGUCGCGUCCGCGCAACGACCUCUACGCCCCCGCAGUAUAUGACUACCACGGCCCCGACCAGACCCAACGCCUGCCCGAUAAGGUCCUCCGCCGCAUCUUCGAAGAAGUCUGUCCGCAUUCGGCCGAUGAAUCCCUCGACGGCAGCGAGGACAGCGGCAAUGACGGCUGCAUGAGUUGUGACAUGCGCGACCUGGCCCAUUGUGCCCUGACCAAGCGACAAUGGUACGGUGUUGCUGCCGGUCUCCUAUACAACAGCAUUCGCAUUGAUGCCGUCCACUAUUGCGAGCUCGAGGAGGUCUACGCCGACCAGCGCCGGCGCAAGUCACGAAACGGCGAGGACAUCGACGCGCCCACGCUCCGGCUGCAGCAGCUGGGCCAGAGUGUGCGUGGAAACCAAUACCUCGGCCAGCGCGUGCGCUUCAUCAAGCUUCCUUACAUGACGCGCGAGGCGUGCAAGGCUGACCUCGCGCGAACCGUAUCGGGCUGCCCGAACAUCGAGUUCAUCGACCUCCCGGACGGCUUCUACAAUGGCGAUCAGUCGUGCCAAUUGCUGCGUCAGGAGCUGCAGGCGCGUUGCCCACACAUCCGGAAGAUGAAGUACAACGAGGGCGGAGAGCAGUCGCUAGAGACGCUCCUCCAGGGCUACUGGCAGGAGCUGAUCUCGGUUGAGCUCAACAAGAUCCAGAUAGAGCCCAGCAUCCUGAGGCAGGUCUUCGGCGUGCUGCCUCACUUGAAGGAGCUCACCAUCACCGGCGUCUCGUGGCUGAACGACUCGACCUUCCACGACGCCCCGGGGAUCCCCAACUUCCCUGCGCUAGAAACUCUGAAACUCACCAAGGUACACGGUGUCACCGCAAACGGACUCGCACAGUACCUCUACAACCCAAUGUGCAGCGGCAGGCUGCGGACCCUCAUAUUGAAAGAUUGCGGUGGCAUUCCCGUACCCUCCCUCCACAUCAUUCUGCAGGCUGCAGUCACCCUACGAACGCUGGAAUACAACGCCACAGUCUCUGCAUCUCUUCCUUUGGACCCGAUACCACCCAUGACGUCGUACACGCUACACAAGCUGCAUUUCGAGGUCAUCUCCAGCUCCGCCCAUCAAGCCUACCCGCCUAGUGCAUCGUGCUACCAGUACCUAGCCAACUCGCUCAUUGCGAACUGCAUGCCGGCGCUGCGACAGCUCUACGUGCGCGAUCCCGAAUUCCCAGAGGUCUUGACGCUCGCGCCACCGAUCCGACCGUUCAGCGAGGCACCGCCGCCAAUGUUCAACCAGCCCCUCGAAGUCUACUCCAAGGGUCUGGAUGAGUUAGACUGGAUCUUCACAUCCAUCAUGCCGCCUGAGGCACAGGGACGCCGAGCAUCAGUCUCAGUCGGUCGGCCAUUGAGCAGCUACUCAGCACACAAGGGCCUCGGGCCCCAAUGGGGUGGAGAUGCUCGUAAAAGUAUUGUGGUACCAAAUGGAUUUGGAGGUUUCUUGGCCGUGCCUGCAGACAACGAUGGAAGACCACGGAGUGCGGGACACAUGGCGCCUAGUGGAGGCUUCGGACACGGCUACUCCAACUCGCUUGGCGGCAGGGAGCCUAGUCCACGCGCCAGCUGGAUGAGCCAUGCAGGUCGCGAGAAGCGGGCCUCGAGGGCGGACCUCUGGCGAUGA